AUGUCCAGACGUGUGCACUCUGAAUCUCCUCCUCCCCGUAGUGCCAAAAGAGCGAAGAUGGAACAACUGACAUUGGAAAGCUUCAAGAAUGGAGUGGUUCUCGCUCCUAUGGUUCGUUCUGGUGCUCUUCCUUCUCGGUUGUUCGCUUUAAAGCACGGAGCGUCCCUCGUAUGGGCUCCGGAAACUAUAGACAAGGCGAUUCUGCAUUCCGAACGAGUUGUUGACCCGGUUACCGGCGUCGUUUCAUAUAAUGGCAAAUCCCGAGCUAUCUGGACAACUCAUCCUAUCGAAAAGCCUUACUUGAUCUAUCAAAUUGGAUCUGCAGACCCUGAGUUAGCUGUACAGGCUGCAAAGACAGUGAUGCAGGAUGUAUCUGGUUUCGAUCUUAACUGUGGAUGCCCAAAACCGUUUUCUACGCAUGGAGGAAUGGGUGCAGCUUUGCUCACUAAUCCGGACCUUCUCUGCUCCAUCCUCACCGCUCUCCGAGAAGCAAUGCCACCAGAAAUCACAGUGACGGCUAAAAUUCGUCUUUUACCAUCACAAGAAGACACGCUAAAGCUCGUUGAACGAAUAAUAAACACUGGGGUUAGCGCUUUGACUGUUCAUUGUCGGACGAGAAACAUGAGGGACAGGGACAGAGCAAUGAUCGAACGAUUAAAGGAAAUUGUCGAGUUCGUCAAAGGAAUGGGGAAGGACGUUGCCGUUAUCGAAAAUGGAGACUGUCUUGGUGCAGAGGACGCAAAACGCGUUCGAGAAGCGACAGGCGCACACUCUGUGAUGAUUGCACGAGCAGCUGAAUGCAAUCCUUCUUGUUUCUCAAAUACUCCUCUCACUGAUAUCCAUGAAACUCUCGUUCCCGCGUAUCUCCGCUUGUCCAAGUAUCUCGACAAUAAUUGGAGUUUGACCAAAUUCUGUUUAUCCCAAUUCAAGAGUUCACACACGAAACCAAAUGGGAAGGCGGACGAGAAGCGGGUUAGGGAGAGUAUCGUGAAAUCGCGUUCGUUUGAUGAAGUGGUUGGCAUUGCUGGUGGAUGGACUGGCGAAGAAGAUUUCAAGGAGAUCGUCCGUGCCAUUGAGGCACGAGAGGGAAAGUUGCACGACGAAGCCGAACCUUCUACAGCAGAUGCUGAAGUUUACAUCACGCCUCCCGGAACGCAGAAUCCUCAUCCACCAGCCUCUGGUGCUCCGCUGAUUGCUGAUGUUCAGAGGACAUUGCCCGUGCUCAUAUCUGGGAAGGACCCUUUGACACCCACGCCGACCGGUCCCACGCCGCUGGUGAUGCCGGUUCUUUAG